AUGGCCCCUUCAAGGACCGGCGAUCCACUCCCAAGCUUCAGUCAAACCAGCACGAUAAGUGAGCCAUACAAUGGACCUCCUCGGAAUCUGGCAAAUAUCAACGCUAUCAACUUCGACAAGGCCCUUCAGCCAAAGAAAUACGAGAUUCUUGGCACGCAUCCAGAAUCAAAGAUCCUGUUCACCGAUGUCAAUAUUCUUGACUCAACUGGAAAGGAUCUGUACCGAGGGGAUGUUCUCAUCGAAGGAGAGAGGAUUGCCAAGGUUGGCGUCGUUCCAGAUGCCGAUGAAUUGAAGAAAGACCCGAAGGUUAGAGUGUUCCAGGGCAGAGGCCGGACGCUGAUGAGUGGGUUGGGCGAUGCUCAUACUCAUUUUACGUGGAACGGGGGAGAUUUGAACCGACUGGGUGAACUCCCUGUUGAGGAGCACGUACUGUUGACAGCCAGGAGCGCACAAUGCUACAUCGACUCGGGUUACACAAUAUAUGUGUGUUUCGGUGCAGCGUCUGCUAAAGACAGGCUAGAUGUUGUCAUUCGUGAUGCAAUCAACGCAGGAGAUAUUCCAGGACCCCGCUACCUAGCAAACGGAAAGGAGAUGGCUCGGAGGGACGGAGAACUUGUUGCUGGCAUUACUGCUUAUGCUGAUGGUCCGGAUGAGAUGAGAGAAGUUAUCCGGCAUCACGUCGACAUUGGAGUUGAUCAGAUCAAACUCAGCAUGAGCGGAGAAGAAAUCACAGAAAUUCGGUCGGCACAGGAUUGCUACUUCUCCGACGAGGAAACAGCUGCGUGUGUCGAUGAAGCACAUGCAUUAGGGAAAAGGCUUUGUGCACACGCUCGAGCUCGUGACUCGGUGAAGAUGUGCGUAAGGCAUGGGGUGGAUGUAAUUUAUCACGCUUCAUUUAUUGACCACGAGGGCAUGGAUAUGCUCGAAGCCAAGAAGACAAAGCAUAUUGUGGCACCUGGUAUUAAUUGGUUGAUAGCUACUCUCCAUGAUGCCGCCGCCUUCGGGUAUCCUAACGAGAAGGCCCAAGAAGUUGGGUAUCAGAAAGAGCUCGACGCUGCCAUCCGCGGACUACGAGAGAUGCACAGAAGAGGGAUCACAGUCCUUCCUGGUGGUGACUAUGGCUUCGCUUGGACCCCUCACGGCACCUACGCCAGGGAUCUGGAGCAUUUCGUGAAGCUACUCGGCUUCACCACUAUGGAAUCCAUCAUUGCUGCCACAGCUGGCGUCGCGAAGCUUUUCAUGCGAGAGAAUGAGCUAGGCAAAAUUCAGGAGGGUUUCUAUGCAGAUUGUAUUUUGGUUGAUGGAAAUCCCCUGGAAGAUAUCGCUGUACUUCAAGAUCAUGACAAGUUGAACGUUAUUGUGAUCAAUGGAAGGGUGCACAAGGCAGGAAGAAAGGAGUAUGUGGCGCCACCAGUUGCCGGGCAGGAUCACAAUGUACAUCCGAUUGUGCCUGACUUCCCUGAAGUCAAGAAGGAGAUGCAGAAAAAUUAUUAAUGUGAUUGUUUGCUGGCGUUAGGGAAUGGAAGGGGUCAACCGUGAAAGGCCACAAAUCAAAGUGUGGUAAAAGUUUCGUGUAAUUCCUUCUUAUAUUUGAAGCUAUUUGUUUCCGCAAAAUAAAAUGUUUGUGAGGUAUUCCCCUGACUGCAC